AUGGCUCAGCAGCAAAAGCCGCUCUCGCAGGUUCUGCCUCCCCUAAUACUGGGGACGGCUACCUUCAAUUACCAAUACAAUGACGACCCCUCGCAAAUGCCCUACACAGAUAUUAUUCGGAAAGCACUAGAGCACAACAUUGCCGCAUUCGAUACCUCGCCAUAUUAUGGCCCGUCCGAAGUUCUGUUGGGCGAUGCACUGCGAACCCUAACGCCGCCUCCAUCAAGAGACGGUUAUUUUCUCAUUACAAAGGCUGGUCGAAUUGCCGGCAAUGAGUUUGAUUACUCGCCCGCUUGGAUUCGGUACAGUGUUUGCCGGAGUCUCGAGCGUUUAAACACACCAUAUCUCGACCUCGUUUAUGCUCACGACGUGGAAUUUGUCUCUCCAGACGAGGUUUUGGCGGCGGUGAAGGAGCUGCGAAGUCUGCGAGACCAAGGCUUGAUUCGAUAUGUGGGAAUUAGUGGAUAUCCGGUCGAAAUUUUGGCGUCGCUCGCAGAGACGAUUUUAGAAUUGACAGGGGAGCCCUUGGAUGCUGUCAUGUCUUACUCCCAUUUCUGCAUUCAAAAUAGUCAACUCGGACGGCCGGAUAUUCUCGAGCGAUUUCAUAAGGCUGGCGUUGACUGCAUUCCCAAUGCAAGCAUGCUGGGCAUGGGCUUGAUCACAACAAGGGGAGCUGACAACGGCCCGAUGGCGUCCUGGCAUCCUGCGCCGCCGCAACUGCGCGAUGCUUGCAACAGCUUGGCCAAGAUUGCGGCCAAAUCGGGAGAGCACCUUGAAGAGAUCGCCAUUCGCUGGGCCCUGGAAAACUGGGCUCACACUGGUAGCCAGUUCGGCUCAGUUGCCUAUCCCCCAGCCCUGCUGGCAGAAGCAAGAGCGGACGAGACUGGCCAUCCAGCUCGUAUCGGAGUGAGCGUAAUGGGAGUAUCCAACGUGCGGGAGCUCGAGGAGACGUGGGCGUUGUGGAAGAGUGUAGUCGGACUUGCGAACCAAGCCGAUGAACGCGCGGCGGGGAGGCGAGAUCGAAUUAAUCGGAUUGUCACGGAGCAAAUGUGGCCAAUGUUGGGACCAUGGAAAGAUUACGCUUGGCAAAGCGGUGGAGAGACCUUUAUGAACAUGAGGAAGGCAAAAGGUGCUGUCCCCAUCGAUGCAGUCGCUCAGCGAUGGGGUUUGAUACCCAAGAAGUUUUUGGACAGCCCCAAGAUUUAA